CACACAGAGGGCAUUAACAGACUGCUGCACAAGUCUGCCAGUAGACAACCAAGUGCACCUCGUACUGAAUAACAAACCAUUAUGGACCUCCACCGGACCAGUAUAUUGAACCAAAUGGAUUACAACCGGGAGUCUAAAGAAGGGAAGCCGGCUCAGUCGACAGAGGAGCGGCUCGACAGCGGUUUGGAUUCGCUGAAGGAGGAGGAGUACCAGGCUGUGGCGGCCGAGAUCCGUCGGCUCCAGGUGGAAUGUGAGCCGCCGCAGCACAAACAAGCUCCCGCUGUAACCGGAGAGCUGCACGAAUGGAAAACACAGAUCACAGAAGAUGGAGACACGCUGCUCCACCUGGCCAUCAUCCACGAAGCCAAGGACUACAUCCGAUCGAUGAUAGACCUGUCCAAGAACUCAGACUUCCUCAACACACAAAAUGACCAGAGACAGACUCCUCUCCACCUAGCGGUAAUAACGAACCAGGCCGACGUGUGCGAGCGCCUCCUGGUAAACGGCUGUGACCCCACGCUGGUGGACGACAACGGGGACACGCCUCUUCACAUCGCCUGUCGCCAUGGAAACCUGCUGUGCUUCAGCGUCCUCACACAGAACUGUCAGCCAGAGCAUCUACACACAGUGAUGGCUGCCUGCAACUACCAUGGUCAGAACUGCCUUCACUUGGCCUCAGUUCAGGGUUUCCUGUCAUUGGUUGAGAACAUGGUGGAUCUAGGAGCUGACAUCAAUGCAAAGGAGCAGCGUAACGGUCGCAGUGCACUGCACCUGGCCGUGGACCAGCAGAAUCUCUCACUGGUCAAACUGCUGCUGAAGAAAGGAGCAGACCCCAACCUCCUGACCUCUGGAGGCCACACUCCCUUCCACCUCACCUACGGUCGCACCAAUGACGAUAUCAGGAAAGAACUGUUCUCACUGACCAGUCCUGACCUGAGGGAGCUGCCUGACAGUGAAUCAGACGACAGUGAGGAAGAGGAGGACGAGGAGUCUGAUGAGGAGGUGGGUUAUGAUGACAUUCAGUGGAAUGGACAUUAGCAGGAAACAAGAGAGGGAGAGAGAGGAAGUUACAGAGGCAGGAGGCUGUGAUGAUGACGGUGAAGGACAAAAGAAACGGCUCGGCACGUCUACUACUUCCUGCUAUGACGUCACAUGAGCCCAACAGUGUGGGUGACACGGCGCGGGCGUGGCCGUUGACGAGACAGAUGGACAGGCAGCUGCAAAGGAGAAUCAGAGACUGAUGGUGGAAUAUAACAAUGAGUCCGCUCCAGGCUGUGGGAGAGCGGUCACGCUGAGAUGUGAAUACAUGACACAUUAUGAUGGGAUGAUUUUGCUGUAUAAAGAGAGGAUUGCUUGUAUUCUGUAGACACUGCAAAUCAUUUGUCACCCAAAAAAAAACAUCCAUCCACACUGAUGUACCAGCAAACAGCUCUGUUGUAUGAUAUUGUAAAUGCUGUGUAUACAAAGAUGUAUUUUUUAUGGAAGCUGUGAAUGCGUACAGUUGAGCAGGUUGUAUAUGUCAGACAGCAAACAGUCCAGCACACUCCAGUUAAAUUAAAGACACUCAUAUUUAACAGUAAAAA